GAAGGGGAACCAGUCUAUAUUUCUAACAUCCUCACCCCAUCUUAAAGGCUUAUUUUAAGGGCUUAUGGAAGAAUUCUGACUACGGUAAGUGCAGAAAGCUGCCCGCCUUUUUCACUGGCUUUUGCUUGAACGGACAGCUGUUCUCUGGCCCACGAUGAUUUCAGAAACUAGAAAUAUUUAUUUCAGGCUGUCCCACAGACCUGUGUGGGCGCAAAUGGAAAGCACCUGUCAGGUGGCCAGCCUUGAUCUAGGCCGACAGGAAACGAGCCUCCUCCGUUCCAGGAUCGUAGCCCUUUCUUCCCCAGCCUCACCCCGUCCCUGUAGGCACAGGACCGAGCGCCCCUUGGGGCGGGCCUCUGCCACUGCAAGCCACAGCCCCGCGCAAGAAGGAUUUUGGGGGCGGCUAUUAUGUGUGUGCAAUAAAUAAACGGACCGGAGGCUCCUCUCUCGAGGCGGAGGAGUUGCGUCGUGUCUAUCCGGCGGACUCUCCGGGAAGGAAGCAAACGCUCCAUCCCUCGCCCCCUCCUACACCCACAAUUUGUGGGGAGGGAGAAACGUGCGCCACACGUUGGUGGGGAAGGACUCCGCGCCUAAACCCGUCGUCUGGUACUGCCUUUCAGUCACGUGGGCCAACCACCGCCCUCAGUCUCAGCCUGCCAGUUCCCGGAAGGAGGGAGUCGCCAGCUGGCGUUGGCUUCCGGCUGUUUGACUGGUGGCGGGAGCGGGAUGAGUAAAGGCCGCGCGGAUCCGGCGACAGCCCCCGGGCUUGUCCUGAAUUACCUACGGGAGCAGAACCGACCCUACAGUGCUCAGGACGUGUUCGGGAACCUGCAGCGGGAUCACGGGCUUGGCAAGGCGGCCGUGGUGAAGGCCCUGGAGCAGCUGGCGCAGCAGGGCAAAGUCAAGGAAAAGGUGUACGGCAAGCAGAAAAUCUACUUUGCGGAUCAGAAUGAAUUUGAUACUCUUAGUGACACAGAUCUCAAAGACCUUGACGAUGAAAUUCUGUCACUCACUUCCAAAGUCCAAAGUGUCCAGCAGAGCUGCCGUCACAUGGAAGCUGAACUGAAAGAACUGACCAGCUCCCUGACUACACCAGAGAUGUGUAAAGAGAUUGAGGAGUUAAAAAAAGAAUGUGCAAGUUAUACAGAGAGGCUAAGUAAAAUCAAAACAACUACCAACCAUGUGACUCCAGAAGAAAAAGAAAAGGUCUAUCAGGAGAGGCAGAAGUAUCAUAGAGAGUGGAAGAAACGGAAGAGGAUGGCAACUGAACUGUUUGAUGCAAUUCUUGAGGGUUACCCCAAGAGUAAGAAGCAAUUUUUUGAAGAAGUUGGAAUCGAGACAGAUGAAGACUACAACGUUGUCCUUCCAGACCCUUGAGAAGCCUCUUUCUGAAUAAUGAAGUCAGAAGAAACUUCCUGUAUUGGAGUUGUUUUGACACUUCCUGCCCUUUGUGACUAGAGUCUAAAUGUGACUAGACUAAUUAGUACUAAGGAGACAAGUGGCUGUGUGUUAUAUUAAAUCAGUUUAGUGGAUAUGACUUGAUAAAAAUCAAUGAAUUUUGGCUUAAGCAUUUAGUAAAUUUUAUUGCAAUUACAAUUUGAUAUAAAAAUAUUUAAUGUCCAUUAGACGGUAAAGUCUUUUGUAAGCUUAAAAAAAAAAAAAGGAAAUAGGCUUCUAUAUAUUUGAGACAGAAGUUUCUCCACUCACUCCUGGUUCAUUCCUGAUAGAAAGUGUGGCAGCAAGUAAGAAAUGGGACAGAAGAAUCAACAUCUAUCCCUAAUGAACUGUUCACAUGAAGAGCAUGAUGGCAAGUGAGCGUGAUUACCACAAGACCUGACUGACAAAAAAAAUUAGUAAAAUUGUGAGAUUUACAUUGAAGUAAAGAUCACAUUUAAAUAAAAGUUAAGAAAUCUGUCAAA